AUGCGCUCUGGCCUUCCGAGGCAAAUUCUCCGCCUUUGCCCGUCCAUCACCCCUAACCCUGUCCUCAGAAGGUCGCAAUCGUCUCUUCAUCCCAGUACACAGAAGAAGCCUCUGAAAGACAGACUCCCUCUCGGAACAUGGGAUAGCCAUAUGCAUGUGGUGGAACCCCACUACCCAGUCAUUGCGAAUGCAGCAUAUAAACCAACCCCUCACGGCGUGGACGAGGCCAUAGCCUUCGAGUCCUCUCUCGGGAUUCAGAACGUCGUGCUUGUCCAGCCGUCUGUGUUCGGGUUUGACAACUCCUGUCUCCUCGACGCACUCCGACACAUCGGGCCCUCUCACGGGCGAGGGGUCGUGGUAAUUGACCCAGCUAACAUAGAGGCCAAAACCUUAGCCGAAUGGCAUUCGUUGGGAGUACGUGGCGUGCGGGUGAAUUUCAAGUCGGCAGGCAAGAUACCGAGUCCUGGUGAACUAGAGCGGAUCCUCUUGGCACAGGCUCAGUUAGUCCGGCCCCUGGGUUGGGUGAUCCAAAUUCACGUAUCCUUGGAUGUGGUCCCGAUCCUUGAGCGAAUCAUCCCACGACUUGGUGUGAAAGUGUGCCUGGAUCAUUUCGGCGGACCGGACCCUCCCACCGUGAAAUGGGAGCAAGGAGAGUCCUUCACCCCGUAUACUCUCCCCGGUUUCUCUGCUCUGGUUUCCCUCCUCCAAGCCGGACAAACCUAUGUGAAGGUAUCCGCGCCCUACCGUCUCAGCGCCGACGAAAAGCUGCGCGACCUUGAGAGUAUGCUCCGAGAGUUUCUCCACACAGCACCGAAUCGAGUAAUUUACGCUACAGACUGGCCGCAUACUCGCUUCUCGGGGAUCAAUAUUGAACCCUUUACAGAGCUUUGUUUACGGCUGUGUGGCUCGCAGCCUGGGCUCGCAGAGCGCGUGUUCCGACGAAAUGCAGAGCAAUUAAUGGAUGAGCCAAUACCUUAA